CAAAAUUUUAAUGAAAUCGUCCAUACAAACACAACUCAAUCCUGUUUAGGACUUGUUACUGAUUUCGGAACUUCGAACUUUGUCAUUUCAGCGAAGAGAAUGCCUUGCGCAAAUAUUUUUAUAAUUUAAUCGUAGGCUUAUAAUAUUAAAUAUAUACUAUAUAGUAAAUGGAGCUAGGCUUUGAAACAUUUUCACACGGGGAGGAUCAACGUUCAUUGAGUAGCUCUAAGAAAACGUACAAUGUGCCUAUACGAAAAAGCGAUAAAGUUGCAGUAAUGGCCGAACAACUUGAUAAAGAAGAAGUAGCAGAUAACAUAACAUCAAUACUUUUGCCGAAUUAUGACAGCAAGCUAUAUGACGAAGAUGAUACGUCCCAGCCAACCUCUUGUUCAGCACCUAUAAUACCUAUUGAGACCACACGCAAGAAAAAGAAAAGAAAGAGAUCUCAAAUAUCAAUUUGUCUUACCAACUGUCGUUACGAAUCUAUACGAAAAGUAGCUAGUGCGUUUGGUAUGCGUGAAGUUUCUGAAGAAGAAGCCUGGAAUUUCUACUGGACCGAUAUGAGCGUGUCUGUGGAAAGAGCUAAAGAGAUGAAGAGAUUUCAACGUAUCAACCACUUUCCUGGAAUGCUUGAAAUAUGCAGAAAAGAUUUAUUAGCGAGAAACUUAAAUAGAAUGCAAAAAAUCUAUCCGAAGGAAUAUAAUUUCUUCCCAAAAACCUGGUGUUUGCCGGCCGAUUUUGGGGAAGUUUUGACCUACAGCAAAUCCCGCAAGAAUAAGACGUUCAUAAUAAAGCCGGAGUGUGGGAGUCAGGGUCGAGGCAUUUAUCUUACAAAGUCUUUGAAGGACAUCAAGCCUACUGAUAAACUUAUUUGUCAGGUUUAUUUAUCGAAACCCUAUCUCGUGGAUGGAUAUAAAUUUGAUAUAAGAGUGUAUACCCUUAUUACGUCAUGCGAUCCUCUUAGGAUUUUUGUAUAUAACGAAGGCCUUGUCAGGUUUGCCACGAGUCGGUAUGCGGACCCGAACGCGAACAACACGACGAACGUCUUUAUGCACCUUACCAACUACGCGCUGAACAAGCAUAGUCGCACAUACGUCUACGAUUCUGAAGCGGGGAGCAAGCGCAAAAUAUCGACGUUGAACAAAGUCCUGUUGUCGCAAGGAGUGGACCUCGAUCGGCUGUGGCAUUCCAUAGACCAAGUGAUCGUGAAGACCAUUAUAUCCGCCUGGCCCAUACUCAAACACAGCUACCACGCCUGUUUCCCUUCGCACGAUAUGGUUCAUGCGUGUUUCGAAAUACUCGGCUUUGAUAUACUUCUGGAUCACAAGUUACAUCCUUUUAUUUUAGAAGUGAACCACUCACCAAGUUUCCACACAGAUACCCAACUCGAUCGGGAAGUAAAGGAAAGUUUGCUUACUGACACGUUAACUAUGUUAAACAUCUGGCAGUGCGACAAGAAGCGAGUUCUAGAGGAAGAUCGUAAAAGAAUAAGGGACAGAUUGCUUCAGACUAAUAAAUAUGCAGAGUAUACUCCAACAGAAGAGAAAGAAUCGGAGAGAAGUCCCUGGCAAACGCAAAUUCAGUGGGAAGAGACCCAUUUGGGUAAUUUUAGACGGGUGUACCCGUCGGGGUCGCAGUACGCGGCGCUGUUCCAGCAGCCGGCGGGCUCGCUGUACGCGGGCACGGCCGCCUCGCGCGCGCGCGGCGACUGCGUGCGACUGCAGCGGGACGACUUCCAGCAAACGAAAGCGAAAGCGGAGGCUUUGAAGAAGCCGUCGCAGCCGAAGCCAAAGGAGAUCGAGAAGAAAGAGAAGGAGGGAGAGGGGGCCGGAUCUACCGCUAACGGUACCGGAGAUAAGAUGAAACCGCGACCGAAAGAUACCAAACGCAAUAAAGACGAGAAGGGAAAGCUUGUAGCGAAGCCAUCUCUAGCGCAACAAUCGAUAACUACAAUAGAUGAAAAAGAAAAAGAAUUGAAACCUCCAUACGUGCUAUGUUCAUACGAACCCGAUCCUAUCGUGGAAAAAGAGGAACGGGAACGCGUGAACCUGCUAGCACAGCGAGACUUCCUCAUCCGAAGCUACGGCAUGUUGGAACAGAUUUAUUUGGUAAUGAAGAAAAUGGGAACUUUGAGGCCUGAAGACGAACGAAAGUAUGGAGUUUAUGGGCGUCUCUCAGUUGUGUCUAAUUCAACAAAGAAAUUAUGAUGUCAUACUGAAAAUUUAAUAUUAUAUAAUAAAAAAGGCCAUAGAGAAAU